AUGAGUUCAGCAGCGAGUAGAAAGAGACAAAAGAUUUUCGAAGAAAUUAUUGAAACAGAAGAGGAAUAUGUUAACAAUUUGGAAAUUCUUAGUGUAGUCUAUGAGAAACCACUACAAGAAAAAGGAGAAGAAGUUGGUUGUUCCAAAUCUCUUCAUAUUAAAGUAUUCAAUGAUUUGGGUCCGAUUCGUAUUACAAAUGGAAGAUUAUUGGCCGAUUUGAAAAAGCUCAUGGAAGAGGAAAAACAAACAGGAAAGAAACCAGAACAAACAAUUGGUGAAAUCUUUUUGAGAUAUGCACCAUUCAUGAAGAGUUACACAACCUAUUGUAAUCAAUAUAAUAAUAUUGCUACAGCAUUGAGAGUUGCCAAAAAGGAACAUCCAGAAUUGGAUAAAUUCUUAACAUCUCAACAAAAGAGUGGAUUGCAUGGAGUCAAUAAUAGAGCACUCAAUUCGUUCCUUAUUUUACCAGUUCAGAGAAUUCCAAGAUACAAGAUGCUUCUUUCAGAACUUUUAUCAAAAACUUCUCAAUAUCACAAGGAUUUUGCCUCUCUCACUGAGGCCUUAAAAGCAGUUUCAGAUAUUGCUGAUUAUGUCAAUGAGAAAAUUAGAGCAUAUGAGAGUGAGGAACGUCUCGUUUCUCUCUUUACUCUCUUUGAGGAUGAUAUGAAAAUGGAUGGAAUUGAUGAAAAGGAACUUAAGGAAAAACAUACUAGAAAAUUCCAAUGUGAAGUUUUGAAAAAUGUAAAAUUCUUUUCCUAUUCGAAGCAUUUGAAAUUGCAAAAAGUCAACUUGUACUUGUUUAAUGAUUUAAUUCUAGUCAGUAUUCCUCCACCUCCAGUAGUUCCACAAACCGAUGAAAAGAAAAAGGUAAAGGAAGAAGAACCAGUUCAAGAAAAGUACUUGUGCAGAAUUCAUUUAGAUUCAUCACCAUAUCCUUGGCUUAGAGAUAUUGCAGAUAAAUUCAUUCCUGAAUUGUCUUUAGGUAUGGGUUCAUUUGGCUUUGAUUCUCAAAUGGCAAGAGUAAGAAACACACUCUCCACCCCAACAAGUCCAGCAUAUGGUGGAAGUGGUCAUUUAUUAUCAACUCCAUCUACUGCAUCAGUUGGUGGAAUUCUCGUGGGAAGUCACACCUCCCUCGUUGUACCAUCCAAUGAUAAGGAUAGAAGAGCUAGCACAGAUUCUCUAUCAUCUACUAAUUCAUCAUUUUCUAUUUUUGAUAAUUUGGAAAUUGUUGGUCUGAAUAAUGCAUUCCAAGUAAUUGCUCAUGAUGAUGUCUAUGUAUUUGAUUUUCCAGAUUUUGAUAUGAAGGUCAAGUACAUUACACAAAUAACUGAUAAUAUUCACGAGUAUGCAAAGAAUGCAACUUCAUUAGAGUAUGCCAUUGUACACAACAGUGGACUCAUUCCUUAUCCAUUCUAUACUAAUUUGUCCUAUCUCACUCAAAAGUUAGCCAAUGAGGAAAGGAGGAAGAGUAAGAGAUCAAAUUCUGGAGGUGCCAAUAAGUUGAAUCAAGAUUCUCCAACUCUUCAAUCAUCCUCAUCUCAACAAACUGAACCAAAGAAGAAGGGAGGAUUUUUAAGAUUUUUCAAGAGUAAGAAACAUUUAGGUGGUGAAAAUACAGAAAAAACCAAAUAUAAUGAUGUUGAAUUGGAUCCAAAUGAGAUUAAUCCUGAUGAAAUUCCAAAAGUAUCAUCAUCAGAUAUUCCAUCUGAAUCUCGUCUCGAAGUAGUGAAGGGAAGAGAUCUCGAAGAGAGAUUCUACAUUGCUCAAGCCAUGAAUACAUAUAGACCUCACCGAUUCUUCAAUGGUAAAGGAGUUGGCCAAACAGAUUCACAAGGUGUCAUGUCAUUCCAUCGUGGAGAUGUUUUGAUUGUUUUUGAGAAACCAAAUACUGAUUUUGUUUUGGUCAAGAAGGCAGGUUUAAAUAGUGAUCCAGAUAGAAAGCAAAAGAUUUUAGAAAGUUACAUUCCUAGAGAUUUUGAAACAUUGAAAAUCCUCAUGAAUACUCAAAGAAAUCGUGAAGGAAUCAAUGCUGGAGAUCCACCAGCAGUCAAACAAUUGAGAAGAAUCAAGCACAGUUUUAUUCAAAUCAGAGAUUUAAAUAAUGAAUUGUUAGAAUACUACAGCUCCAGUUCUUCUAAAGAUAUGGCAGUCAAUGUUAGAAACAGCACUUCGACACUCAUUAACAAUAAUAAGGGAGAUGAUUUAAUUCAAAAGAUGGACUUGUUAUCACUCUUUGAAGCAAGUGAACAAAAGAAAAAGACAACAUCUUCAUCUAAUUUCGAAAAGGAUCAAGUAUUGAGUAAGGUCAGUGCCAGAAAAUCCCUUUCAUCCAUUUUCGGAACCGAUAGCACAAAGGGUUAUGCCAAUGAUGAGGAAGAGAGUUUGUUCAGAAAUUUGAUCAAUCUCUACGAAGAAUGGAAUGAAGUGGGUCUCGUUCCUGUUAAAUAUAUUGAAGAAUUCAAAUCCACCUCAACAAGCUCAAAACUUGCCAAAUUAAUUGAAUGGAGAAAUGAACAAGAAGACAGAAAGGUAAGAAACUUUGUCAUUAAAAAGAAAAAACCAACCAAGGCCGUCGAAGUUGAUGAUUUGGGAAUAAGCUGUAGUAUUGCUGUUUCAGGCAUUCCAAGAAUUGAUACUAUUAAUGAAAAGGAAGUUGCUGCCAUUAUCAAGAAAUCUAAGAAAUAAAGUCUUAAGUUAUAUUGUC